AUGGAUAUGUUUGAGCAGAGGAAGAAAACCACAGGCCGCAAAAAGAUUGAGAUUAAGAAGCUUGACAAGGAUAGUAACAAGCAAGUCACAUUCUCAAAACGACGAACUGGGUUGUUCAAAAAAGCUAGCGAGCUCUGCAUUUUAUGCGAUGUUCAUAUAGCCAUAAUUGUGUUCUCUCCUGCUGACAAACUCUUCUGUUUUGGUGAACCCAACAUUGAUGCCAUCAUUACCCGUUAUCUCAAAGGAACCACAGAGUUUGAGGCUGCAAAGUCAAGAGGCAAAUCGGUGUCCUAUGAAGAGCAUAAUAAGCAAUAUGAGGAAGCCAUGAAGAAAUUGGAGUUAGAAAAAAGGAAGCUUGCUGAAACUGAAACUUUGGCUAAGGUUUGGAAUAGAGUAGAUUGGUGGAACGAGUCCAUUGAUGAGAUGAGUGGUGAUCAAUUGGAGCAGUUUAUGGUGUCCAUUUAUGAGUUAAGAAGGAAAUUGGCUGAAAGAGCAGGUGAAUUGAUGCUGAUGCUAGCGAUGUUAUAG